AUGACUGACAACCACGACUCCCCCAAAGACACCCAGGAAGAAGUAACCCCUGGCAUGGAAAUGUCACCUAUCACCAACACAUCGGAAUCCCUCAAGGGAAUGCAAAUCACGGAGGACCCACAUCCAGAUUUCCUUACCGCUGAUGCUGAUCUAACUACCGACUUGCCAGACGACACAGAGGUGAUUGACUUGAUCCAUUUGAAGAUUACAUCGUUAGAAGCCUUGAAUUUGUACAGAUUCAAGAAACUGACUGCUCUUUGUCUGAGACAGAACCUCAUUGAAAGUAUCACCGAGGUGGAAGUGCUACCAUAUGAUACCUUCAUUGAUUUGGAUCUUUACGAUAAUCGUAUCAAGCAUAUCUCGAGUAAUGUAAAUAAGUUGGUUCAUUUGAAGAAUUUGGAUCUAUCUUUCAAUAAGAUUAAAAAUAUUAAGAAUAUAGAUAAAUUAUAUGAAUUGGAAAAUCUAUAUUUUGUUCAGAAUAAGAUUUCUAAGAUCGAGAAUCUAUCUACUUUAAAGAAAUUGAAGAACUUGGAAUUAGGAGGAAACAGAAUACAAGCAUUGGAGCCUCAUGCAUUUGAUGGAUUGGAAAAUUUACAAGAGCUAUGGUUGGGUAAAAAUGCUAUCCCUAAAUUGAUUAAUUUGAAUCCAUUGAAGAACUUAAAGAUCUUAUCUAUUCAAGCCAAUAGGUUGAAAAAGAUUGAAGGUUUGGAAGAGUUAACCAAUCUGGAAGAAUUAUACGUCUCCAAUAACUUCCUAACUAAAAUUGAAGGACUGGAAAAUAAUAAGAAAUUAACAAUGUUAGAUAUCACUUCGAACAGAAUUACAAAGAUUGAAAAUGUCAGUCAUUUGACUGAAUUAACUGAUCUUUGGUGUUCAUUCAAUCAAGUCGAUCAAUCAUUCCAAUCUUUAGGGGAAGAAUUGGGUGGGCUAACGAAAUUUGAAACUAUCUACCUAGAAGGGAACCCAAUUCAAUUAAACAAUGAAACUGCGUAUAGAAGAAAACUGAUGUUAAGUUUGGGCCCAUCACUCCAGAAGAUUGAUGCAACCUUUAUUCGUGGUUAA